AUGGUGCAAUUUAUUCCACAUAUUGUAGCUAUACCUUAUCCAGCACAAGGCCAUGUUCUUCCAUUAAUGGAACUUUCCUUAUGGUUAAUCAAAGAGCUUGGUUGCAAAAUCACUUUUGUUAACUCUGAAUUCAAUCAUAAAAGAGUGAUCAAGUCAUUAUCCGAAAACGAUGACGUACAAGACAAGAUAAGUUUAAUUUCAAUCCCAGAUGGAUUAGAACCUCAUGAAGACAGAACAGACCUUAAAAAGUUGACAGAAUCAAUUAAUGAAGUUAUGCCUGGGAAACUUAUGGAAGUCAUUAAUAUGAUUAAUAGUAAUGACUCACAAAUUUCAUGUGUUAUAGCUGAUGAGAAUAUGGGAUGGGCAUUGGAAGUAGCUGCAAAAUUGAACAUUAGAAGCGCUGCAUUCUGGCCUGCUGCUGCUGCUACGCUAGCGUCUUUAUUUAGCGUGUCGAAACUCAUCGAUGAUGGAAUCAUAGAUAAAGAUGGAGCUAUAUUGAAGGCACAGGGGAUUAAGCUAUCACCAAACAUGCCCAUCAUGAAUCCAUCAGAUUUUUCAUGGGCUACAUUCCCUGAUCCAGCAAUGAGGAAAAUGAUAAUGGAUCUCGUAGCAGACAACAAUGAAAGAGCGAAAUUCGCAGAUUGGAUCAUCUGUAACUCAGCAAAGGAACUGGAGCCUGGAGCAUUUGCCAUGUUUCCUCAAGUGUCACCAAUAGGGCCUCUUUUGUCAAGCAACAGAUUAGGAUCAUCAGCAGGGCAUUUCUGGCCCGAAGACUCGAAUUGUCUAAAAUGGCUUGAUCAACAGCCACAUAACUCUGUCAUAUACGUAGCGUUUGGUAGCUUUACAAUCUUGGAUUUAACUCAAUUCCAGGAGCUAGCACUGGGGUUAGAAUCAUCCAAACGACGAUUCCUAUGGGUGGUUCGAGAAGAUCUAAUUUUGGAUGGGGACGAUAGCGCUUACCCCAAAGGUUUCAAAGACAGAGUAGGCUCUAGAGGCCAUAUAGUGAAAUGGGCACCUCAACAAAAAGUGCUAGCACAUCCUUCUAUUGCUUGUUUUUUGAGUCACUGUGGAUGGAAUUCGACUGUGGAGAGUGUAAGCAAUGGGGUGCCUUUCUUGUGUUGGCCUUAUUUUGCUGACCAGUUGUUCAAUCAGAGUUAUAUUUGUGAUGUUUGGAAAGUUGGAUUGGGAUUUAACAAAAAUGAAUUUGGAGUUAUUGGAAAAGAAGAAAUUCAGAAUAAGAUGGAUAAGUUAUUUGGAGAUGAAACAUUUAAAGAAAGGGCUUUAGAUCUUCAAGCAAAGGUUAAUUCUAGUGUCAAAGAAGGAGGAAAUUCUAACAAGAUGUUUGGUAAAUUUAUUGACUGGAUCAAGACUCAAAGAGGUUCAAUUUAA